AUGGAUGAAGCACCGGCACGGCAAAGACUAGAUGAGAUGCUGGCGCCCCAGGAGCAUUUGACGUUACGUUCCCAGCCCACAGAGGCCGACUACAGAGCUGCUACUGUCAAACAGAGACCUACCGGCAGGAGAAUCACAUCAGCAGAGAUCAGUUCGCUGUUUGAGAGGCAGGGCAUGGCACUACAUGGUGGGCUCCACCCAGGGAUAGAGAGGGCUCAUAUGCAGCUGCCUAGAGGGAUGUCCAGGACCAAGUCAUUCGGUGCGACUGAGGAGGACCGACUACUGCCCCCUCCUCCCCCUCCCUCUACUACCUGGACACUGGCCCUCCCCCUCCUUCUGCCCCCUCCUCCCCCUGCCAGGGGUCAAGGUCAAGGUCAUGAUCCUGGAGGUCGUUCCAGCUUCAAGCCCUCCUCCCUGGACCUGGACCGGCCCUACGACCCAUCGCACCGCCAGUCCUCCCAUCUUGAACGCCAGAAGAAGACAAGGUCAAUGAUUAUUCUACAAGACUCCUCCCACUUACCCGUGGAGCCCACCGACAUCCCCCGCCCCUCUGCCUCUGCUACACCACCCGAGCGAAUUAAAAGGAAAGGACGGGUGAUUGACAACCCGUACGCCAAUGUCGGCCAGUUUAGUAUUGGGUUGUACACGCCCACCAAGCCCCAGCGCAAGAAGAGCCCUCUGGUGAAACAGCUACAGGUGGAGGACGCUCAGGAGAGAGCCAGCAUCGCCUUGGCUGCCGCCCACUCCCGAGAGCCCUCCCCCUCAGGUCGACUGCCACACACCCACGGCCACACACACACCAGCCGGGCCGACUACUACCAGCAGCAGCUGAUGGUGGAGCGCGAGCGUAUGCGUCUCCAGGGAGAGGCCCUGCUACAGGGGAAAGGGCCGUUCGCUGCCGCUAUCGCUGGCGCUGUGAAGGAUCGAGAGCGCCGUCUAGAGGAACGGAGGAAAUCAACAGUCUUCCUGUCGGUGGGGACAAUGGAGGGGGGGUCUGGGUCUGUCCCUGAGGCCCCCUCCUACACCACAUCUCGCUCCAUCGAUGAGCGCCUGCUCAGCAGAGAAUUUGGCCAGCUGCCACCCCCUGCCCUGGCCCUGCGUCCCUCACCUGGUGGCACUACCUUCAUCCACCCACUCACAGGGAAGCCCCUGGAUCCUAACUCGCCCCUGGCUCUUGCGCUGGCCGCAAGAGAGCGGGCACUUACCUCCCAGACCCAGUCCCCCGCCAGCAGCCCUGAGCCCAGGACUAAACAGGAAAGGGCUGGGGCUGGGGCUGGAAGUCAGGGGGCUUCGCUCUUCAUCGACAGCCAGACCAAAGAGCCUCAGGAUGGGGAUGGGAGUCCGGGGUCACCCCAGGCUGGUAAACCCCAGUGGGGAGCAUCCUCACCCACCUUGCUUCGCCAGGAGAUGGAGGGAAGAGUAGAGGAGAGGAAGGAGGAGAGGAGAACGGAGGAUAAGAAGAGUUUGUUGAUCAGUAUCAUGGACACAUCCCAACAGAAGACGGCUGGACUAAUCAUGGUCCAUGCCACCAGUAACGGCCAGGCAGUGGGGCUGGAACCAGGGCUGGAGCAGACCCCCACCUCCACAGCCACCGAGCCCAGUAAACCCUCCCUCAGUCGGGUUCCAUCGCCCAGCCCCUCUGCCUCUCAGCCCCAGACCCAGCCCCAGGCCCAGCACCCCUCCAGCCCAGCCCAGGCUACCUUGGCCCAGGGCAGUUCAGAGGAAGAUGUGGAGCCCUACACAGUGAACCUACCUCCAGCCAUGCUGUCCUCAAGUGAUGAGGAGACCAGAGAGGAGCUGAAGAAGAUCGGGGUGCUCCCACCUCCGGAUGAGUUCGCCAACGGGUUGUUGGCCAAGGCACAAGCACUGGAACAAGCCCAAGCCCAAGCCCAGGGGACCCCUGUACCCCAGUCUAAAUCCGUCACCUCCCCCACAACAUCUACCACCCCUACUCCCCUCACCCCUUCCACCACCACCCCAACCCCCAGCCUGUCCCCAACCCAGCCUCAGGGCCCUCCUCUCCAGCCUUCCCCCGGAGGAGCAGUCGUCUCAGGGAAGCCCUCGGACCCAGACCAGCCCCAUCCUCCAGCCCUGCUGGCUGAGUCUGGUUCAGCAGCAGACUCUGGUGUGGAGGAGGCAGACACACGCAGCUCCAGUGAGAGAGAGCGAGACCACCACCUGGAGACCACCAGCACCGUGUCCACCGUCUCCAGCAUGUCCACUCUGUCCUCGGAGAGUGGUGAGCCCGCCGACACACAUACCUCCUAUGCCGACGGGCAGACCUUUGUGCUCGACAAGCCACCAGUGCCUCCCAAGCCCAGGCUAAAAUCCCACAUCGGAGGCAGUAAAGGCCCGGUAACCUUCAGGGACCCGUUGCUAAAGCAGAGCUCUGACAGCGAGCUGUUAUCCCAGCAGCAGGCAGCUGCUCUUGCUGCAGCAGCGGCCGGAGGGGCAGGGCUGGGGCAUGGAGGCCUUGGGUCUGGAGGCCUUGGGUCUGGAGGCCUGGGGUCAGGCUCUAUAUCUGGUCUGGUGGGAGGCCCUGGGAGGCCCCGCUACCUCUUCCAGAGGAGGUCCAAGCUGUGGGGGGAUCAGAUGGAGGCGCGAGGACCCGGGGUGGGGUUAGGGAUGGGGAGUCUUGGCAGUCUAGGGGGUUGGGGCUAG